CGCUCGACUCACGGCGCAUGCUCCCUGGCCAGGCUGCGGGGAGUGGAGUUUCGCGCGCCUAGCGAUCCCCGGCGGCACCUCGGCCAAACUGAGCCCUGGGUUCCUCGAAGCGCGAGUACUUCUAAGAGUCAGUCGUUCCUGAGCGGCAACGAUUUGAAAGAAGAUCCACUUACCUGGAAUUUGAGUUGAUAAAGAAACCAUUUCUACUUCAAAAAUGUUGGAGGAAGAUAUGGAAGUGGCCAUUAAAAUGGUGGUUGUAGGGAAUGGAGCAGUUGGAAAAUCAAGUAUGAUUCAGAGAUACUGCAAAGGCAUUUUUACAAAAGACUACAAGAAAACCAUUGGAGUUGAUUUUUUGGAGCGACAAAUUCAAGUUAAUGAUGAAGAUGUUAGAUUAAUGUUAUGGGAUACCGCAGGUCAAGAGGAAUUUGAUGCUAUAACAAAGGCCUAUUACCGAGGAGCCCAGGCUUGUGUGCUUGUGUUUUCUACCACAGACAGGGAGUCUUUUGAAGCAAUUUCCAGCUGGAGAGAAAAGGUAGUAGCUGAAGUCGGAGAGAUACCAACUGUGCUGGUACAAAACAAGAUUGAUCUCUUGGACGACUCUUGUAUAAAGAAUGAGGAAGCUGAGGCACUGGCAAAGAGGUUAAAGUUAAGAUUCUACAGGACAUCGGUAAAAGAAGACCUCAAUGUGAGUGAAGUUUUUAAAUAUUUGGCCGAAAAAUAUCUUCAAAAACUCAAACAACAAACAGCUGAGGAUCCACAACUGAGACAUUCAAGUAGUAACAAAAUUGGUGUCUUCAAUACAUCUGGCAGCAGUCACUUGAGUCAGAGUUCAAGUACACUUAACGGUGGAGACGUCAUCAAUCUUAGACCUAACAAAGAGAGAACCAAGAAAAAUAGGAAUCCGUUUAGCAGCUGUAGCAUACCCUGAAUGUCUAGGGAGGGAAAAAGUUGGAUUACAUUGCGCCAUUCACAGAGAAACACGCCCAGCCGUCCUGGUACAUUCAAGUGUUUUAGCAGACUUUACACCUCCUGGCUCCCUGAGUGCAACAGAUGUUAACGUGCUUUCCAGAGUGCGGAGUGAGACCUCUGGUGGAAAUAUUACUGCCCUGUGAACUCAUUUUUUAUUUUUAUUACAUUAGACGAAGCUUGUCCUGUACUUGAAGGAAUGCUAAGAGAAAUAUCAAAACAGGUUUUGCUGAAUUAUAAAUGAUGAAAUCAUGAAUGAAAUGUCAAAUAUGUUGGUCCAGAUUAAUAUUGGUCCAGAUUAAUGUGCAUCAAGGAAAGAUAACAAGUAUUUUGUUCUGAAAUUGGCCAUCUAGCUUUUACAGAAAAUAGUACUGAGUCUGAACACUAACAGCAAAAUAGUCACGCAGAGUAAAUUGAAUCUUGCUGGACUCCACCAGUGUGUUUUGGAGGUGUCACUUGUACAGUGUCUGUGAAUGCAGUGUGGAUGAACGUGUGCAGACACAUGUGCCGGAGCACAUAGAGGGUCUGUGCAGUGUAUAGGGAAAUGUAGAUGCUAAUCAUGUAUAAAGUCAUGUACACACUGUGUAUGUGUAAGCUUUUAUUUUCAGAUAAGAAAUUCCAGGCCUAUAUUUUGCAAAAUGAGCUUGAGCUAAAAAGUGCUUCGUGCCAAAAAUAUUAAUCUAAUUUUUACAGUGCUUUACUAUUAGAAUUUAUAUUGUUUUCCUCACUGGCAGGAUCACAAAAGUGGGGUAUAUAUGUUUUAAGCCAGAGGUUCUCCCUGUGAGACUUCCUAUAAAACCCUUUCCUUGUGGCCACUGUCGCACAUCUGGCCACCAUGGCCCUGAAGGUGUGCAGCAGGGCUGCAGUUGCUCAGGACGUCCUGUGACACGCUUGUGCAGCCAACACCUUUCACUGCUGACCGAAGACCCCUUUUAAGAUUGUGCUAACAGCCAGAUGUGGUGGCACAUGCCUGUGAAUCCAGCACUUGGGAGGCUGAGGCAGAAGAAUCGAGCUCCAGGUAAGCCUGGGCUACAUAGUCCAAGGCCAGCCUAAAGCCAGUCUGAAAAAGAAAUUAUGCUAUUUUUUAAAAUACAUAAACUAUUACCUUCAUUCCUAAUCCAGUUUAUGGAUUUUAUAAUGCCCAGCAACUCUAAAGCAUCUUUUUGUUUACACAUUUUUGUAUGGUACUGUAUUUUAAGGUUAUUGCUUAAAAAUUUCUAUUGCCUUUGGUUUGUGUAGCACUUUCUCAAGAGCUCUGUCAGUACCACAUAAAAAAUAAUUUAAAAAGUGAUCUGAUAUGUAAUGACAUAUCAGAGCAUAAAUUUUGUGAUUUGGGAUAGUAGCCUUCCAAACAAAGGUAAUUAACCUCUAUUGAAACUGAUUACCAAAAAAAACUGAUUACCAACCCAGGCAUGGUAGUACACAUCUGUAAUCCCAGCACUUGGGAGGCUGAGGCACAAGGAUCAAGAGCUCAAGGCCAGGCCGGGGAUUUAGCUCAGUGGUUCUGCCACCUGCCUGGCAAGGGGAAGGACGGGAGUUUGAUCCCCAGUACCAGAAAAAAAAAAAAAAGAGCUCAAGGCCAGUCCGGACCACAUAGUGAGAUCCUAUUUCAAAAACAAAAAAUUCCCUCAAACAUCCUGAUUAUCAUUCAACAUCAUUGUUUGUUUUGUGUUACUGGAGAUUAGAUCCCUAGCCUUCAAGCUGAGGUUCAUCCUCAGCUCUUUUUGAGACAGAGCCUUGCUAAGUUGCUCAGGCUGGGCUCAAACUUGGGAUUUUCGUGCUUCAGCCUCCUGCACUGCUAGGACUACAGGUAUGAGCCACCAAACCUGGCUUAGUAGUUUUAAUGUAUAAAUGACCCCUUUCAAUAUAUCUGGUUUUUACAAGCUUUGAAAAUACAUAAAAAUAACUUCUUGGAAAAUGUGUCAUGCAGUCACUUUUCAUUAUUUUGUACUAAAUACAUAAAUAUUUUACAUACUUCUUACAUGUUUUAUCUUUUUUUUUUGAAGUCUAUUUGUACCACCUCCAUCCUCCUUUUCAAACUUGUGCUGAGAAUAUACCAGAAUUCCUAGGGUGUCCUGUGGUUAAGUGGUCCAGAGUAAUGGCUGCUCUCCGUGUGUUUAGAGACAGGCUGGUGUUACCUUUUCACAGCAGUUAAUACAGGUGCUUGUGUUCAUGUCACCGUUGUCACCAUUCCCAUUGCUGGCUGUGGGAUAAGGAUGGGGAACUCUCACUUUCUCACAGUGGGUACCUGUGAUUCAACUGCUUUUAUUUUCUUCAAAUAGUCUAAUUUUUUCACAAAACAUACGUUGUGGCAAAUAAUCUUAAGUCUUUACUGGCAGAAAAGUUACUCAUUAUAUAAUAUGGUGCAAUUCUAAUUCAUACUGAUUAAUGUGUAUGGGUGAAAGUGUAUUCCUUCUCUGUAUCAAAAAAAUGUUAUAUCUUUUUUUUUUUUUACAAAACCUGAAGAUACCUUUGUUGUGUAUUUGAAUUUUUACUUUUCAUUGCUAUAUUUUAAACCUAACCAUAGUCAUUUUAAAUAAAUAGGUUUGUCUAUUCAGUUAAUUCUAAAACCUUCAAAAUUUAAAUUUUUCGCUUUGUGCCUCUUUAAUCUUUUAAAUAACCUUGUUAUAAUUGGUAAUGAAACAGUGGAUGCUGAAGAGCCUGCCGCCCAGGCCCUUUCCCAUGUGCUCUGUCCUGUGAUCUGCUCUGCCCACUGUAGCCAACCUGAGUCCCUUAGUCUCCUCUUCUGGCCUCCGCCUGUGAACUCAGCAAUACCCCGUCAGCCUCAGAAGGUAGCACAGUGAACUACAUUGGCUUAAAUGGUUUUCUUGUUACUGGCCCAAAGUCAGGAGCACAAGUGUACUUUUUCAAAAUAAAGCUGACACCAUGAAAAAGA